AUGGCUUCCUCUCACAAAGAUACAGAGCAUCAUGACGUGCCCCCGAUCGCAAAACAACAGACCGGCAAGCAACAACGCCGUCAACAACGAUUGGAGGCUUACAACGGAUGCAAGGGACUUGCAUGCGUUACCCUUGAUUCCACUCCUACCACUUCAGCAGCUGUCGAAGAUAACCCCAUAGACUAUGGCAAUAACAGACUUCUCACAGGAUUCUGGUUCACUGCGCCAUUAGCCGAGCAGAAUGUGCCGCCCGAAGAUCUCACUGGCACACCUUUGCACGUCCAGAUGAAAUUCAAGGCCCUGGAGAAGGCUCUGAAAGGGUAUAGGGACAGACAGCGAAACAUUCAGAAGGCUUUCCAUUAUCGAAACAUGGUGAAGAAUCAGCAAGUGGAGGAUGUUCAAGCGGAAAACAAGGCUCUUGAAGCAAAGUACCACAACCUGAAAGCGGAGUUCGAGACACUCAAAACCCAACCUGGUGAGUUGCAAGAAAAGCACAUCAUUCGAGAACAAAACGCUUAUGGUGUGACCAAGAGUCGACACAUAGCGCUCUCUGCUGAAUUUGAGGGACUUCAAAGCGAGCAUGAGCAGCUGAGAAUCAACUACGAAACAAAAUUGGAUCAACAUGUCGCAGAUCAGAAAGCAAUCCACCGCUACAAAGAACAGAUCAGGAACCUUGAACUGCGCCUCAAAAGAAAAGAUGAGCACUUGACCACCAUGAAGCAACGAGAAGUUCGACAAACCCAGAGAGACAUGCAAGUGAAGAUGAAAAUGGAGGAGAAGUACAACGAACUCGUCCAUCAACAUGAGAAGUCCGAACUGGAGAAUCAAUUGCUCAGGGAAGAGGUCAAGCUGCUCAGCGAAACGGCUGAAAAUCUCAUCGAGGCGAAGGUGAAAAGAUGGCACGACAAGAGAGCAGAGGAACUCCGACCUUGA